AUGGUUCUUCAGCACCUGGUCUCAUGGAUGCAAAGUGCCCAGUCUGUGAAUAUCCGCUCCAUGAGCCCAUCCAAGACGGAGCAGACAGAUGGCAGAGCAGUGAGGAGCAGUCCUCUGAAUCUUGACGUUGCCAGAACGUUUCAGAAUGAUUACAGGAACCUCACCACUCAGCUCCUCAGCAUCGCUGAAGAACGCUCAGCAUUGCAGAGCUCCGUUUGGAACCUAACGGAACUCAACCAUCGACUGGACGUCCAAUGUGACGAGGUAGUGGGCAACAACACACAGCUCGUGGCUAUCAACCGCAUCCUCUUCUCGGAGGCUGCCCGUCAUGAGGAGAUGAUAUUUAAUCUAACGGAGAUCAACCACCAUCUCAGAGAAGAGAAUGAUAAACUCUUUAUACUCAAUGAAGUGAUUGCAGAAGAGAGAGACAACAUGUCCACCGCUAUUGGUGUUCUGGAGAAACAGAACGAGAACCUUACAGACUCACACCAGAGAGAACUAGAGAGGACACUAGAACUCUAUGCCUUGAAUGUCAAUUUCAGCAGGGAGUUGAGAGAGAGGACGGAGAACUUUACACUCCUCUGGACGCAGAGCCAAGAGCUCCUGGACCAGAACAUUCUCCUACAGAGUGAGAACCUUCAACUGAGGGAGACGGUGGGGCGCGUGCGCUCACAGAACACGGAGUGCGAGAGAGCGGUGCAGAACUUAACAGAAGCUCAAGAGAACAUGACCAGAUUCCAGAAUCAGAACUUGAGCAGAGAGACUGCAGAGUUGAGAAAUGGAAUCCAUCUCCUCCAAAAGGAAGUGACAUCGCUAAACCUUUACUGCCCCGUGGUCAACCACACUUCGCUGGAGCGGCGCUGUAGGUCGUGUGAAGAUGGAUGGCGUCUCUUCAGGUCCAGCUGCUACUCCCUCUCCAGAGACUCCAACAGCUGGGCCCAUGGCAGGACCCAGUGUCAGUCAAGCGGGGCUGAUCUGGUGGUCAUCAACAGCCAGGAAGAACAGAGAUUUGUGUUUGCGAUGAGUUGGAGCUCCAACCCCAAAGGAAGAGUAUGGAUGGGGAUGACUGACAUCGAGACAGAGGGCGAGUGGAAAUGGGUGACCGACAGCCUGCUCAGAGACAGUGUUCAAUACUGGGUUCAGAGAGCUGAUGGCACCAGUGAGCCGGACGAUUGGCGCGUGUCCAACGAGCAGGGAGAGGACUGUGGCCACAUCGACACGGCCGAGGCGGAGCUGAACAGCUGGAUGGACGCACCCUGCCAGGCCCACUACAGAUGGAUGUGUGAGAAGGCCCUGUAG